GCCGUACUCUUCAUUUUCGUUGAGGGAAAAAAAAAAGAAACGAAAAAAGAAAGCCAAGGAAGAGAGAGAACUGUUAUCUUCCACACUUCUUCAAACCCUAGACCUCUUUUCGAUCUUUCUUUCCUCCAACAAACCAAACCCUACUGUUCGUUUUUCCCCCGCUUCUCCUCCUCCGCCAUUGUUUCACCUUCACCAUUCCUCUCGUCUAAUUCCCUCAUCUGAAUGACUUCAUCUGAUUCCCCCGCCUGAAACGGAAAAACCCUAAUCUCCCCUUUCUUCUUAGCCUCCCGAAUCCAGGAUUUGGGGGUCCUGCUCGUCCUCCAUCACUGGGUGGAAUUCCGAAUUCACGAGGUGGUUUAAUUCGUCCGAGAUAUGUAUAGGGAUCGCGGAGGAGGAGGAGGAGGAGGAGGAGGAGGGGGAGGGGGGAUUGGUGGUUCGUCGAAAUCGGAGAUCGUAGGUGGUACCUUGGAUCGGAAGCGCAUCAACGAUGCUCUCGAUAAGCACCUUGAGAAGACUUCUCCUUCUACUCCAAGAGGUCUUCAUAGUAAGGAGAAGGAGAGGCUCUCUGUGCCGUCGACUUCGGCUGGUAAAUCGCAGCUCGAUCAUCGUUCCGCGUCUCUAUCUAAGAAUAAAUGUUCCGAUGAGGAAUCUGAAACAGACAGCGAAGAGUCAGAUGUCAGUGGUUCAGACGGAGACGAUACGUCGUGGAUUUCGUGGUUUUGCAAUUUGAGGGGAAAUGAAUUUUUUUGUGAAGUUGAUGACGAGUACAUACAAGAUGAUUUUAAUCUUUGUGGCUUGAGCAGUCAAGUUCCAUACUACGACUAUGCACUUGAUCUUAUUUUGGAUGUUGAAUCUUCCCAUGGAGACAUGUUCACCGAAGAACAGAAUGAACUCGUUGAGUCAGCUGCUGAGAUGCUGUAUGGUCUUAUUCAUGUCAGAUACAUACUCACUGGCAAAGGAAUAUCUGCAAUGCUGGAGAAGUAUAAAAACUAUGACUUCGGGAGGUGCCCGAGAGUUUAUUGCUGUGGACAACCAUGUCUUCCAGUUGGGCAGUCAGAUAUUCCCCGGUCGAGCACUGUAAAGAUAUACUGCCCAAAAUGUGAAGACAUAUAUUACCCCCGUUCAAAGUAUCAAGGCAAUAUUGAUGGAGCAUAUUUCGGAACGACAUUCCCGCACUUGUUUUUGAUGACAUACGGACACCUUAAGCCACAAAAGGCGACACAGGGCUAUGUUCCCAGAGUUUUCGGCUUCAAGCUUCACAAAGCAUGAUUGAGAGUUGGAAAGAUUAAUGUUGGGUCGAGAUCUUCGAUAUUCAUCCAUUUUCAAAUGCACUGCCCGGUGCGUACUUCUAAUACAUGCACGAUGCUGCUGAUCCGUGCUUACUCAUGGUUCUAACCAUCAAGGUAAAAAGCAGUUGUUGUUCAAAAAGUAUCAAAAUGAUUAUUAAAGAAAAAUGUUCACAAUGCAUAAGUUGUCAUAAUUUGUCAUGGUAGCAGAACAUGUCUUCUUUUCUUAUUUUCUUCCGUUUCAUGAAUUAAAAUGGUGUUUGUAAGUUUAUUUCUCUUUAUGGGGUUGAUAAUCAAAUUAUUUGCUGUUAAAGUUAUUGUACUUGAUUCUUUUUCUUUCAUUUAUACACGUUAGUUUUUAUGGCCCAUGCUACCAUUUCUAACUUGUAAUAAAUAGUCAAAACCCCCUGAAGUUUAGUUGCGAUUGUGUGCUUGGGAUGUUUAGUUCGUGGUUUUAGUAAGUUUGAGUUUAUUGAAGUUCUGGAUUGACGAUUUGAGUUUGUAUAA